AUGACUCUAAAUUGCAGUUGCUUCCAAUUCAAAGGGCAAUCGUAUCAACAGGUGUUCGGAACAGCGAUGGGCAAUCCACUAUCGCCCAUAAUAGCAGAUCUGGUGAUGGAAACUUUGCUCGACUCGGUUACCAAGACGAUCAAGUUUCCGAUCCCAGUAAUCAAGAAAUAUGUGGACGAUCUUAUGCUGGCGAUACCCAAAGACGAAAUAGAAACCGUGAAAAACACAUUCAACCAGUACCACCAGAAGACACAGUUCACCGUGGAGGUUGAAAAGGAUGGAAAGCUACCGUAUCUGGACUUGUUGCUGGUCAGGAAACCAGACCAAACAAUAAAAACAGAAUUGUAUGCCAAACCCAUAGCGUCAGGCAGAUUCUUAAACUACCUGUCGGCUCACAGCAUGACGCUCAAGAUAAACGUGGCCAAGAAUCUCAUCAAACGAGUAACGACAUUCUCCACCAACGUCGACGAAGCCACAGCAAAGAAGAUCAUCCACACGCAGCUUCGACAGAACGACUACCCGAAACCACUAAUCAACCGCAUCAUCAAUCGACGUCGAGAGAAUCCACCCGCCGCAGCACCACCUACCGAGGAUGAUAACACAAAAACUUUCCGAUCAAUUGUCAACAUUGGUUCUCUCACCCACAAGAUACAACGGACACUUCGAUCCGACUACCCGGAAGUGGUUACAUGUCCACAACAACGAAAAACUGUGAGAUCGAUCAUACCAGGAGUGAAGGACAAGCUGGAAGAAAAUCAACGAUCGAACGUCAUCUACAAAAUACCAUGUGCAGACUGUGGAUCAAGCUAUGUAGGUAUGACAUCAUGCCGACUAAAAGAUCGCGUGUCCGGCCACCGAUCGACAAUCAACAAAUUAACAGAACUACGAGAAGCAGGAAAGGAAGAGACCGACCAGGAGAUCAUGAGACUGAGGGAGAAAACAGCGCUGCUAGAUCACUGCAUCACCAACAAUCACCAAUUUCUAUUAGACAGGGUAGAAGUAUUGGAUUCAAGCCACAAAAAAACAGAAUCUAGCUAUAUUAGAGUCAUGUCACAUCCUUAA